GCCAGUACUCGGGCAUAGAUACGCCGUCGGACAUGCAGCAGGGGCUGGGCGACAUGGCUGGCUUCUUUUACGGCAUCUCGCGCCUGAUCCUGCCGUCGGCGGCUUACGACCACUUUGACGGCACCUACCGCUUCCCCGGCACCUUCCUCUUCGACCACGACCGGCUGGAGAAGCUCAGCUCGGACGCGGUUGACGCCAUCUGCCUGGACAUGUGCAUGAAGCUGUACGAUGAUCUUGAGCGCGUCUCGAAGAUCGCGCAGGCGAUGCCAACCUCCUUUGGCAGCAGCCUCCUGCCGCCGACUUCGGUGCCGUCUUACGUGCUGGACGACGACGGCUCUUCACGCUCCCGCUCCAACCGGUCAUCCAUCAACUUCGACUUCAACACAUCGCCCUCGCGGCCCUCGAGCCUGGCCGGCUCGGCCGCGUCUUCGCCACGGACAUCGGCCUGCAUAUUCCCUCCUGCACCGUCAAACCCGGCGCUCGACUCGGCCGACGCACGGGCAAGUUCAAAGAAGGUGGAGGGGGCUGGGCCCGACGUGGCGCUGCAGAUCCUGCGCUCGACCGAGGCGCCGCUCGACAUGCUGCCGACAAUUGAGCGCAAGCUCGACUUGUGGUUGUCCAACUGCCAGAGCGAGCAGUUCCGGGAGGCCGAGCAGGCGUUCCACUCCAAGCUAUUCGCCGAGCUGGCCGGCCGCGUCCGCGAGUACAAGAACCUCUCGGGCCUGGGCCUGUUCUCGGCCGCGAUGGGGAGCAGACUGCAUAGCGGGCCCGGCGGCGUCGUGGCGACGUCGUCCUCGUCCAGGGAGGGGGCCGGCGGCGCCGCUGCCCAGCCGCCGUUCCUCCAGGUUUAUAGGGAUGGCAGCGGCAGAAAUGGUGGCGCCCGCGAGGAGCAUGGCGUCGAAAACAUGGCGACGCGCCUUGCGCACCUGGGGAUCCUGCAUUGGAGGGUGUGGGCCGACAUUGCGUACCGCGAGGCCGAGCUGGGAAAUGACGAGCCUACCGAGGUUUCCAAGUCUGCGGUCCCCCCAGAGGCAUGUGACAUUUGUCAUCUCAACAAGAACCGGAUGUAUGCCCAUUGCGACUUGUGCCGCGGCUUCAAGGCCACGCAGCGCGCCAACCGUUUCUGCGUCGAAGACGUGGCGGGGUCCGCCCAGCCCUGCCAAGCCGUUUGCGAUCUCCUGGCCGUUCCGGUAAACAGCGAAGCCGUAUCCGACUAA